AAUCUUCAGAUUGACGAUAUAGCAUUCAAGGAGCGCUGUUGGCAGUUACCAAGCACCCCGCACAUGUCAGCUGCCGGCCCAAAGGGUGCGUCACAGAUUGUGCAUGGACCCUCGCCGCGCAAGGUCCUCUACAUUCCUGCUGUUUGGUAACCAGAUUUUGCGUCCCUGGCCGCAUGCGCGAGCUUGUACGAGGAUUGCUUUAGCUUGAUUUGCUUCAGCUGAAAUGCUGAACGCCAAGGAACAAUGCAAUGGUGGCGUCCAACCGUAUCUCUUCUCAGAGCAUCUCUGGUGUAAUUGUAAGCGCGUUACCACAUCUGUACUAGUGCAUCAACCUCCCUAAAAAACUUUCCCAAGUGGACUGCUGCCAACCAGGCUAUGAGGAAAGUUCUGCAUUUGGGACACCCUCUUGGGGCGCUAUGAAAGUUGGUCAGCAUUUGCGCCUCAGCAUUUGCCCCCAUAGAGUUUCAAUCUAGAAAUUGACAAGAGAAGCCCAAUUGGCCCCUCCGCGUCGUGUCCUGAUGGCAUUCGCUUUAGGAAGUCCAAGAGGAUAUGCCCCGAGCUUCAGCUCAGCUUAUACCAACACACCCUUGAGGCGCACCGCCAGCUCAUCAGCGGGGGCUGGUCCCGGGCCGAGCGAUCUCUAUGUGUCUCACAACUGCAAUGCUGCUACCAGAGGCGGCACCCAUGCAUGGCCGGGACAAACAUUCUCUUUUGACAAGGGAGUGGGAUGGGUCCAAUCAACUUUGCUGGCUUUGGGUUCCUCUGGGAAGGGAACUGGAGACCGGCGGGGGCACGCGAGGGGGGUCUGGCUGAGGCCUUGCGGAAGAGCCACCAUUCCGGUGCGUGCUGCGUUUGAAAGGGAAAACGAGCGGAGCGGCGGCUCUUAUUCCGAAAGCGUCGUGGGCAAGAAAUCCUCCAAAAGCCAAGCUACACACGCAGAGGAAUUCUCUCACACCAAGGAAAGCAGGAGUGACUCGGACGCGGAACACGCCUUGUCCUCAGAGGUGCUGCCCCCUCUAGUUCCAUCCGUUGCAUUGUUGACGACCCACGAAGCGAAAUGUGGAGCUGGACCUGUGGAAGCAGACUCGGCGGACGAGCAGCCCUCCAACGACGAGGCCCGUCAAAGGAGCGAGAGUCAACUUCUUGGAAGAAACGAUUCAACGGAGGAGUUCUUGACGGCCGGGCGAGAGAAGCCCACGGUCAAAAGCAAAGCACCCCGGUCGGAGGAGGGGACUGAUGCAUCAGGGUUCCGGGGUGGUCCGCUUGAAAGCUGGGCGGAACCGGACACGGGUACGUCUGCAGAACUUACUACAGGCGAGAGCAGUUUACUAGAGCGGGGUGAAUCUUUUCCGGAGGCCGGGGAAAGCCAGGGCACGGCGGCCGCAGAGGAACGGAUGGGCGGUCAUCCCGGGCUCCAUCCGUCGGUUUCUGCCGCGAGUGACGCGGAAAGGGAACCCGAAAGCUUUGGGAAAGGGUUGAGAGUGGUAGCGAUUGACGAAGUGAGCUCAGAAACGAGUGAGGGAGGGGGGAUGACAGUCGCUCCGGGCAAGGGGAGAAGCGAUUCAGCGGAAGGGGGCAGAGACAGAGCGGGAAGCGGAAUGAGGACAAACGGAAAUGAGGAAGCGCUAGAGGGCGCAGAGAGUCUGCAGAAUGUCGACUCCGGUGAAAGUUCAGCAACGGAACCGGAGCGGAUGCGGGGACUUGUUGCAGACGACGGCGAGCAAACGAAACAUGGCACGGAAGAAGGAAGUGAGGGGAGGAUCGUUCCAGAACCGUGGAGCGGAGCAGAAACACCAGGGAUGGUGCCCGGAACGGCCGGAACGGAGACAGCUGGCGAGCAGACGGCACCCAGCACGGAGUCGGCUAACAAGAGCGGUUUCGAUACUCAAGCCCCAGACCAGACCAUUCCUGCGGACGUCCAAGACUGGAUCGAUUCGGACGUCGUUUUCAGCCCCUACCGCGCUGCGCCCCUUCCCGACCUCUCCCACUCGUACGAGGCCUUCUGCAAGGAGCGCGGAAUGGUGCCACGUGGCGGCAAGCGACCGGAGAAGAUCGUCUCGAGAGCGCUGCUGACGUCAUCUCCGGACGUACGGAAGUCGUACAUGGGCGGGCCGCGGGCUGGGUACCGGGGCGUCCGAAUUAGGGACCGCCCAUUAAGUGCGGGAGCCAAAAAAGGGGGGAGUAUAAGCGAUGAUCUGGACACGUGGGCACGUGCCUGCCUGGAAGUGUGCCCGGGGCACGUAACGCCCGUGAGCGGGGCAGGCAGCUUGUUACAGUCAUACGAGAGGUUCUUCGGGGGAGACGGCGCGAAGGAGCUCUUCAAGCUGAACGUUUUCGGGAGCACCUUGGAGAGGACGCUGACGUCACUCGAUGCGUCAGUGGUGGAGAAGACGCGCAUUCCGGGGCACUCGGUGCUGGAGGGAGUCGGGCUGAAACGGAACGGAUCCGGCGGAAGGGAGGGGCCUGGCGGAACGCCUCCGCCAACGAAGGACGCGAAAGAACCUGUGUCGAAGCGGGCUAGACAUGUGGAGACGGGGGAAGGGAACGACGAGACGAAAAGGGGGUCAGACAGUAAUGUUCGCCCAGAUCCGAGGUGCUCCAACAAGCUCUACAAGUUCUUUGAGAAAGCUGGGCAAAAGAGGAGCGUUAAAGACGCCGGGCAUAAUCGGGAUAAGAGGGGCGCGGAUUCCGGCAGUCAGUUGGCGGAACGCCGGACCCGCGAAGCUGACAACGGGGAGCUGGGUCUGGAAAGAAUCGGUGAACUAUUUUCUUCGGCGAGGCGAUAUGUGGAUACAAUCGGAGAAGCAAUUGACGAGGCUAGAGACGCCAGAACGGGUCGCAGAGCCGAGGUCCCGUCCGCAGGAGCUAGGGGGGUGAGCGGAGCAGUCUCCUUCGAGGAACUGGUCGGUAAGCUGACGUCAGUCGGCGACCGCGCCACGUCACGCGCGGUGGAGGCGUACAACGAUGCGGUGCUACAGGCGGACGCGGGCGCGGCCGCGCUGCGCGCCGCGACGUCCGCGUUCGCGGCCGCGGCUUCGGCUGUCCAUGCGGACGUCCAAGAUUUGGAGGACAAGAAGAGGGAUCUGAACGCGGACCGCGAGGCGUACGCGGGAAGCGUGAGAGCGCUUAUGAACACCCGAAAGAUGCUCGGAGAUCUGGUUUUGCAGGAUGCGGCGGGAAAUGCGGGAAAAGGGGCCGGGGCAAGCGACCGGGGAACACGUGGACGGCGGUCCGGAGAAACGGAAGCUGUGGAGAGAGGGAGAGAGAAUCAUGCCGGUAGUGAAAGCGACGGUAUGGGAGCGGAAGCGGAAAGGAAGGCAGAGGGGAGUAAAGAGGCCAGUGCGGCGGAAGGAGAGGGCGACACGUGGCACAAGCAGAGUGACACAGAUGUGGAAGUUCCGGCGGCGGAAAGUGAAGCCGUGGCGGAAGCUUUGCGGGUGGCGGCGGAAGCGCCGUUCGUGGUGCGCGCGGCGGAGAUCGCCGUCGCGGCCGCGAAUGUGGAGGGUUUGGGGGGUUUGGAUGCAAAACAGUCAGGCAGGGAGUCCAAGAAGCGAGUGGCUACGAAUCGCGAAGCUCAGAGCCAAAAGGUAGAUGGAAGCGUCCAGGAGAUGCAAACGGAAGGGACAGCAAGGAAUUCUGGUAAUGCAUCGGGAGGCUCAGAGAGCGACACCAACAGCAGGCGGAGCAGAAAAAGGAACCCGUCUUUCGAAUUUUCUGAGAAGCGAGAUUUGGCGAGCGCAAGCGGUUUUCACCGUCCGGGAGGCGUGGGACGCGAUGCACAGGGUUCAACGGAGCGGCUCAAAAAGGAGGGGAGGGGAGCGGAACUGGAGCCGGAACCGGAAGCAGAGCGUGACACCGGAAAAGGAGAGCGGAAUCUGUUGUGGGCUGCUGUCGAGAUGGCGCGGGAGGACUCCGAAGAGGGGCUAGAGGAUUUUGGAGCUGCGGUUCGGCAGGGGUUAAGGGCGGCUUUAAGCGCCGACACAAUCCUCCGUGUUAUGGAGAAGAUUCAACGCGUUCUGGAGGUGAAACCUGGGGAGGGGGAAUCGGGACGUGGAGAGAAGGGGUUACAGGAAACAGGCGGCGAGACCCACAAACGGCAGUUUCGUUUGGAGGACGAUAGGACCAUGCUGACGCGAGCAAAUGCGUCAGCGGAGUUCAAAGGCCCGGAUCUGAAGCAGAAGACGGAGGAGAGUGACGAGUGGAAGGAGGGACCGGAUUCCGAGAGCGGACUAGUAGCGGUGGAUAAACAGGACGUUCAUGAAGUCAGACCUGCUCCUUUGGUUCAGAAGUUAGAGGGGCGUAAAACCUGGAUAAAGCAGGGAAUAUAAUCAUCUGCGCCAAAAGCGCGGAUUUGACGCCUUUUCUGGCUAGCUCGAUGUCUCUGGUCAUAGAAGCGGGCUGGCAGUCAGCAAAUGCUUGUCCCCUUUCGCGACUGAAAGAUUGAAGGCAAUGAGAUAAAGUUAGGAUGCUGGUGGUACUUCUAGAAAGCUACGACGUGUGUUUGUACAGCGAGAGAAUAGUGAGGCGCGAGCUGAAACAGAGUCGGCCACAUGACUUGAGAUGUACAGUACGUCGAGGUCCGGUUCUCAAGAACAGAGGGUCUGUAGCUCGAGGCAGGGGUCCAUGAAGGGCCGGAGGGGUUGACGUCGACUGGCAAUUGUAUCUAGGAUCGGGUUAGUGCACCCUUCUGCACCUGUAUAUCAAGCGGCAAAAAGCCGCAUC